CGAUUAGGCAAGAAUUGAUCGAAGCACCAGAAGCGAUAAUCCUGACACCUCUCGCCACCCACAUACGCUUACAUAAACACGCUCUCGGCUGUUCCUGUCCUUCAUUGUGUCCUCUUUCAUAUAAAAGAGACGCGCCUCCCUUCUUCUCUCUUUCUCUCGUGCAUCCAUCAUCGUCCACAACUCGCUUGCUGUCUAAGCUCCCUCGCGUCCUGCACUCGACACAUAUAAACUAACAAUUUACAACUGCAACAUACACGAUGUUUGACAUCGCUUCUGCCCUUUUUGGCGCCGUGGGGACUAUCCUCCUCACCUCAUCAUUCCAGGUUGGCUACCGUCUUGUCGCGACAAAUAGUCGCGUCGCCCCUCUUCCCUCCCGCUUGCUCCCCGUUUCCGCCAAUGGUGGCGCCACCGAGUCCGACGACGAAGGCUCCUGUGGUCAAAAGCGCAAGUCCCCAUCCCCAUCCCCAUCCCGUCCUUCGUCUUCGUCUUCAAGGUCUUCCCAUGUUGAAGACAACGAUACAUCAUCCGACGAAUCUGAGGACUCUCGUGGCCCCAAGAGGCGCAAGUCUACGUCUCCAUUAUCCGACCACUCGUCCUCCCAACGCAAAAAAGGCAUUCAUCGUUCAUCUUCGACCUCUACAUCGCGCCACACUCCCGCCACGCUCCGCCGUCGCACACCCCCCGCUCGCCACACACCAAGCCCCACACCCACAAUGUCCAGCAAUUUCAGCUCACCAUCCCACACUCCCACCACAGUCCAACCUCAGCUCCAGGACCUACGCUUCGCGCCCUUCCCAUCGUCAUCUCUCCUCGGGUUCCCGCAAGAGACCAUUGGUGCUUCAAGUCAACGCUCAAGUCUCUCACCUCUGGCCAACACAACUACUCUGCAGCAAGUCCCCUACACCCGUGCUUCGUCACUUGAAGAUGUGAGGUCCGAUGAGGCGACCGUCAACUCCCUACUCCGGUCACCCACACUCUCAGAUAUUUCCUCCACCACCGACGUAUCCAUGUACGUCUCCGGUAUUGCUUCUGAUACGGUUCAAUGUCGUGCCGCUUUCAGGGGCUCCAGUCCUUCUCCCGCCGCCGAGGACAGGAGGAACCCCGGUGGUGUAAAGAGAACUGUGAAGACGGCGAAGAAACCUAUGAAACACGCCGAGCCAUACACCAUCGGGACCGGUCGUCGUACUGGUCACACCCGUCGUCGUCGUUCCCCCACUCCUGAACCUGAAUUUGUUCAAGGCUCAAGCUCUAGCUCUUACAACGAACCGGACCAGCCCCACCGAACUCCCUCGCCCUGGAUGAUCGAUCCCGGCUGCCCGUCUUCACCCAUAUACCGUCCAACAUCCCCGCCCACCGGGCAUAUUCCCUUUUUCGACCUCGAUUAUCCUCAGCCGGCCCGGUUACAACACCCGUCACCUGUCUUCCCCCCCUCCAACACGCACGUCCUGAACCUCGAGCACCACUCUGCUCAGCCAGUGCGAUCACGAAGCGCGUCACCAUUCAUCGAAGGAGAGCUUCAAUAUCCUGAGGACGAGUACUCUGAAGGCGAUGACGGCGAUGGGUCGUCUGAGGACUGGGAGAAGCAAGAAUACGAGAGCAAACACCCACCUGACGGCGAUGCUCACAUUGACUUUGGACCGGACGACUUCCUCCGUCAUGAUCGUCUUGCCCAGUUCUUAUCUACCAAUGUCGUGUCAGGGUACACGACGGCGGCACAUCGUCACGGCCAGACCCACGAAGCGGCUCCUCAGCUGCCCACGGAGGCGAUGGUGUGGCCAAGUGCAACGGCGGCGCUCAAUGGACCAUCACAAAGCUUCCAGGAGCGUGAUUCUCUGUUGGCGUUCAACUCGGCUCCCCGCGUCGAAGUACACGUAGAACGGUCCCGUUACGACGUCCGCAACGAGUCCGAUGUCGCCGUUGAGGAAAUAGAGGACACGGCGUUUGACUCAGACGAGGAUUAUCGGGAGCUGUACGGGGACAGAGAUUUCGAGUUCACGAGAGGGGAUGAGAGGCCGACAUAUGAAGGCUAUCAUUUCCUUUCGGAUCAUAGACAGAAUUGGCACAGCAGAUAUUGAAGCGAUCCCAAACGACGACAGUUUGAAGACCUGAAAGUGGUCGAAGCCGCGAUGACCUUCGAGUGUCAAUCAAGACGAGUAACGAAGAUGAAGAAGGCUUCAGACCUCCAGCGACUCCGUCUGAUUCGGAAGCACACGCAUCGCACCAAUAUAGUGGAGCAUUCCUACUCGCCCCACGCGAUGCCGGUGUCUCACAUCAACCAACCCGCGACACUUAUCCCAUUCGUCCAGCAUCUCGUCUUAGCUUGAUCGUCACCAAUACCGCCCCCACACCACGCUCGCCUAUAACCCUCUUCACAUCUUCAAUCCUAUCCGUAUAUAUCCCGUUCCAUCAGUCUCAAUCUUUACCUUCGUCAUCAUUAUUUCCCUUUGUCUGCCUAAUUCUUGCUCUGACACCUGCUUUCUCGUCUCAAGUAUGCUUCUCUCGAUCUUCCUUCUAU